AUGCGCAGUACUACCAUUGUUCCACCUUUCUAUGACUCGGAGCCUGGUGCUCCACCACCUCUUCCCCCAAUGCUCACGGACCAGCUAGAGCUGUUUGGCAAUGCCAAUCGUCGCCCGACUACACUUAUCGCCGAUGAAAUCCUAGUUCCUCAAGCUAGUAUCAUUUCCACUGCAAGGGCUUCGUCGUCUACACCCGCCCCUGAAUUCAAGCUUGCGAAGCAGAUGCGCAAGCAUUCUGAUCACUCUACCUCUCCAUACACCAAGAAAGUCACUUCCACGCACUCUCAUUCUCGAAUGCCUUCACCCUCAGAUUCCUCAGGCACUUCGGAUUCUUUCUCAGACAGUGACUCCUCAACUUCGAGCGCGAGUUCAUCAGAAGACUCAAAGAUUCCUAAACCUGCCGGUGAACCUGGGCGUCCGGGGCGUGGGGGUUACACACUUCGUGAAGCUUUAGAUUGGAAUCCAAAGGCAUACGCAAAAUUCAAGAGGUCUAUGCAUAGUCUCAUCGACAACCACCUUGACACGACAAAAUACGCUUCUGCCCAAAGUCCUGCGCUAUUGGAAGUUGCGCUCAACAACUUCCCAGACCUUGACAAUUAUAACAACUUGUGGCCAGUCAACGAUUUGAUCAUGACACGCCUGAAAUACAUGUCUGGACGCGCGAGACGAAAGGUGGGAGAAAUGGCUGUAGGCAAGAGCAAGAGCAAGGCCAGGAACUGGCAUUCAAAGAUUAGUAGCCACGAGUUUUACGCGCAUCAGGGAGAGCGAAACUACAUCAUGCAAGUCGUCUGCGAAGCUACCCAGAACCCUCAAGACGCGCAUCAGGGAGAGCGAAACUACAUCAUGCAAGUCAUCUGCAAAGCUACCCAGAACCCUCAAGAUCAUUGUGGCACUGUACUACAACAAUAUGGCUUUCUAUAUGGAACGGAUCUUGUUUGGCAUAUAUCUGCAGUCCAGCUGAGAAACUCGCUAACCGACAAUUGGUACGAGUACUCAGGGGUUUCACAAGAGUAA